AUGGAAAUCGACCAUGAGAGAAUCGACCAUCUGCCGGUCAUUGUAGAAUUCAGCGGUGGCCUUGAAAUACUGUUCUCAAAUAUUAGGAAACAUACCCUUUCCGUCCCGAAGGUCCAGAAAAACGGCAAACCAGUGAACAUCGCUUUCCUUGUCCACUACCUGUGCGACAACUUGAUGAGAGAUCCCCGAAAAGAGAUGUUUGUGUUGGACGGUACUGUGUACGUCAAUCUUAACGAGGUAAAUCCUUUUGAUGGUAACCCAGUGUGUCGUAGGAGGCCUGGAAUUCUGGUUCUCAUCAACGAUGCCGACUGGGAACUUGAUGGCGGUGAACAGUAUGAAAUACAACACAACGAUAAUAUUUUCUUUGUUUCGACCUUGCAUGGAGGCUGA